CCGAGCAACGUGCGCGCUCGACGUCGAACGUCGAGAAGCGGCGACGACGAUCCAGAGCUUCAGGCUUGGACAUGCACAUCCGGUCAUCCCCCGUUGAUACCCAGAACGACGCUGAGCGUCCCCGCGUUAGCAUGAAACUCGUUGACUCGUCCUCCGUCGUUUCUGAGGUGUCCCUGUUAUCGUCGCGACGAUACGAAGCUUCCGGUCAGUUGGUUCGCGACUACCUACCCGUCUAAUCGCCGAUCUCGCCGUUCGUUCAUACCGUUUCGCAUUCCGAGGAGAGUGCGAUGAUGCAGGAGCACAAGUCGUUUCUGAUAAGGGACCUCCUGGGGGAUGUUCUGUCCGAGCGUGUUCACGAAGAUUCCGAAGACGACUCUGCCGUUCAUUCGGACUCCGAGGACACGAUCGACCCAGGAAGCAGUCCCUGUGCUCGGUUAGAGAGUCCACCGCCAGCUCUGUCACCCCCGCCCGCUCCCGCGACUUCAGGCAAGUCCUGCGGCACGACCAGCGGUCCUCCGAGCGGACGGAAGCCCAGGAGAAGACGCACCGCAUUCACUCACGCUCAGCUCGCUUACCUGGAACGGAAAUUUCGUUGUCAGAAGUAUCUGAGCGUCGCGGAUCGAAGCGACGUGGCCGACGCUCUGUCCUUAUCGGAAACCCAAGUCAAAACAUGGUAUCAGAACAGAAGAACGAAAUGGAAGCGGCAGAACCAGCUGCGACUGGAGCAACUCCGGCACCAAGCGACGGUGGAAAAGGAAUUGCUGGUGCGAGGCGUCGGUCUUCACCACGGGAGCAUAGACGCUUAUUGUCCACCGUACAGCGGUCAGGCCCAAACGCAAACGCAUCCGCCUCCGCCGCCACCACCUCCGGCCCCGUCGACAGCCUCGACGGCCGCAUUCCUCUCGACGGCGGCAGCCCUCUUUAGGAAUGUCACCUACGUCCAUGGAUGCCCGCUCUAACCCGGCGCAACGCGGCGGUUCCAGCAUCGUUUCCGCUUCACAGCUUAUCAAUCUAUCUCGACGUAUCGAUUCCAAUUCUCCGUUGGAAAUCGCUGUACUCAGUUGACGGAUCCUCUCGAUGAAUCGUCAAGAUUGCCGGGUUCGUCCUCUGGUAUGGUACAGAAAAACCUCGGCGGAAAUUAUUGUUCACGAUUGCAAUCACCGAGGCUUCGUCCUGGUUCAGUGCAGAACAUCCUCCUCGGGAAAUCCUGUCGAAAACACUUAAAUCUUUACGCGUUAUCGCGACUCGAUUUGGUGCAAGAAUACUCGGUUGGAAAUUACUGUACGAAGCAGUCGCUGGACGUUUGCGCUCGACUCCUCGCCGAGUGGCUACACUCCGGUUUGGUGCGAAUGCUAACGCCCUACCUAAUCAGUGAAGUGCGCGAACCAAGGAACGAUGAGAGACUCGAUCGCGAUGUUUGUGCUCGCGCCGCGCCGAUAACGUUCCCCGUACGUAUCCAGGAUACCGAGGCCCGACAAUUUCGCAUUCCAUUUUGGAGUUGUUUCACGUGUCUAUCCAUGCAUGCGAAACAGUGUACAUAUGUAAUUAACAAGUUGGCCGGUAGUCGUAGUCGGUUCGUUUUCGUUCACCGCGUGGAGAGGAGAAAGAGUCACGAGUGUUUCGCGAAUCUCUACUUCAGCCUCAGAGUUUAGUCGAAGUCUAUAGCCGAGUCGAAUUCGUAGAGAGCCGUUCUAGAGACACGUAGAUAAUCGCAACAGGCAAAUGAAUGGAAAUGGAAACGACAACGACGCGUGCAAUGUUCUCAGCCAGCGUUCGCUGGUCGACAUUCGUUUAGGGAUUUAGUUCACCAACGCUCACCGCUGAUAAUCGAUCACUUUCUCCAAUUAGUCGGCGACCUCUCGUCAACCAAAGGAUUCUUGUAGAUAAAUAAAUUAUUAUCAAAC